CGGGCCGUCGGUGGCGGGUCGGGGCGCUCCGGAAGCGGAGGGGGCCGGGGGGAAAAUGGCGCCCAGCUCGAAAUCGGAGCGGGGCGGCCCGGGGGGGAAGCGGGGCCCGGCGGGGGCGGCGGGCGGGUCCUCGGCCGGCCCGGGCCCGCGGGGCCGCCGCGAGCACGUGGUGCGGCAGCUCGACCGCGUCAAGAUCAGCGGGCAGCUCUCGCCCCGGCUCUUCCGCAAGCUGCCGCCGCGGGUGUGCAUCUCCCUGAAGAGCAUCGUGGACGAGGAUUUGCUGUGCGCGGGGCACAUCUUCCUGGGCUUCUCCAAGUGCGGCCGCUACGUGCUGUCCUACACGAGCAGCAGUGGCGACGACGACUUCUCCUUCUACAUCUACCACCUGCACUGGUGGGAGUUCAACGUCCACAGCAAGCUCAAGCUGGUGCGCCGCGUCCGCCUCUUCCAGGACGAGGAGAUCUACAGCGACCUGUACCUGACCGUGUGCGAGUGGCCCGGCGACUCCUCCAAGGUCAUCGUCUUCGGCUUCAACACCCGCUCCGCCAACGGGCUCCUCGUCAACAUGAUGAUGAUGAGCGACGAGAACCACCGCGACAUCUACAUCAGCGCCGUGGCGGUGCCGCCCGGCGCCCGCUGCCCCGGCUGCCGCGCCGCGGCGCUGGCCCGCCCCGAAGACGCGCCGGCCCACUGCCUGCGGCACGGCUUCCUGCUGCACACCAAGUACCAGGUGGUCUACCCCUUCCCCACCUUCCAGCCCGCCUUCCAGCUCAAGAAGGACCAGGUGGUGCUGCUCAACACCAGCUACUCGCUCGUGGCCUGCGCCGUCUCCGUGCACGCGGCAGGUGACGGCGGCUCCUGCCAGCUGCUCUACGACGGGAGGACGCCGGCGCAGGGCUGGCGCCGGGGGGGCUGCGGGGCCGCGGCGGGGCCCCCCCCGCGGCCGCCCGGCGGGGCCGAGCCGGCGGCGAGGGACGGCUGCCCCGGCGCGGCCCCGCGGCCCCCCCCCGGCGACGGCGACGGCCACGGCCGGGCCGCCGAGCUCUCCCCGGCCGUGGCCAAGGCUAAAGAGUUCGUGGCCGACAUCUUCCGCCGCGCCAAGGAGGCCAAAGGCUCGGCGCCAGCAGAGGAGGAGGAGGAGGAGGAGGAGGAAGAGGAGAGCGGCGGGAGCGGCUUCGGGGGCUGCCCCGAGGCCGGGCCCGGCGGCUCCCCGGUGCCAUCAGCCCCCGCAGCGUGGGAGGCCCGGCGCUGCCGCCCGCCGCCCGGCCCGGCGUCCCCCCGCGGCGACGGGACCCCCGAGGGCGAGCCGGCCCCCAAAGCGGCGGCGGCGGCACCGGCGUGCGGCGCCGAGCCCGGCUACGUCAACUACACCAAGCUGCGCUACGUGCUGGAGCCCGGCGAGCCCGCCGAGCCCGAGGACGAGUACGAGGACGACAAGAUCUCGCUGCCCUUCGUCGUCACCGACCUCCGAGGCCGCAGCCUGAAGCCGCUGAAGGAGAGGGCGGUCGCCCAGGGCCAGUACCUGACGGUGGAGCAGCUGACGCUGGACUUCGAGUACGUCAUCAACGAGGUGAUCCGCAACGACGCCGCCUGGUCCCGCCAGUUCUGCUCCUUCAGCGACUACGACAUCGUCAUCCUCGAGGUCUGCCCCGAGACCAACCAGGUCAUCAUCAACAUCGGGCUGCUGCUGCUGGCCUUCCCCUCGCCCGACGAAGAGGGGCAGCUGCGACCCAAGCCCUACCACACCAGCCUGAAGGUCGCCUGGGACCUCAACACGGGCACCUUCGUCACCGUCAGCGUGGGCGACCUCACCGAGGUCAAGGGACAGACGAGCGGCAGCGUGUGGAGCUCCUACCGCAAGGGCUGCGUCGACAUGGUGAUGAAGUGGCUGGUGCCCGAGAGCAGCGGCCGCUACGUCAACAGGAUGACGAACGAGGCCCUGCACAAAGGCUGCUCCCUCAAGGUCCUGGCCGACAACGAGCGCUACACCUGGAUCGUCUUGUGACGCCGCCCGGCUCCCCCCUUUUAACGGGUUCUCGGGUUUUUCCCCCCGUUUCCCCUUUCAUUUGGGGUUUUUGCUGUCGUUUUCGGGUCGCGUUUUAACCGGGGUCGUGCGGGGCCGCAGGGGCGGCGCCUCCCCCUGUGAUAACCCCCCCCCCCCCCAAUAACCCCCCCAAUAAACCUCCCCCUUUUUCGCCCCC